AUGAUUGAACCGUUCCAGACGACCUUUUCGGUCCCAAUGAGCUGCGAGGGCUGUGUGAAGGACAUCUCGAAGUCUCUUUCCAAGCUCGAAGGUAUUACCAAGAUAGAUGCGAAUCUGAAGGACCAGUUAGUCUUUAUCGAAGGCACUGCGCCCCCGAGUUCCAUUGUUUCCGCUAUUCAAGACACCGGCCGCGAUGCGAUCCUCCGAGGUAGUGGAUCCACAAACAACUCGGCGGUCUGCAUCCUCGAAACUCACUCGAACGCCGUCUCAAAUAAGAUCCGAGGCCUUGCUCGCAUGGUCCAGGUGUCCUCGAACGUUACCCUCGUUGACCUUACGAUAAACGGAAUAGCACCAGGAAAGUACUGGGCGACCAUCCGUGAAGCGGGAGAUAUCUCACAAGGCGCAGCGUCCACGGGCGGUGUCUGGGAAUCGCUGAAGGCAAAGGUUUUUGGAGCAGAAGCUCCCCAGAAAGAGCCUCGCGGAAUCUUUGGUACGAUUGAUGUAAACGAAAAAGGCCGCGGCAAUGUUUUCUUCGACCGCCCUGUGGCAGUUUGGGAACUGAUUGGCCGGAGUAUGGUGGUUGCAAAUAGCAAGGAAGGUCCUUUCAAGCGAGAAGACAGUAAUACGUUGGUGGGAGUAAUUGCACGGAGUGCUGGGGUGUGGGAUAACGAUAAGAUGGUCUGUUCAUGUUCGGGGAAGAAUGUUUGGCAAGAGCGACAGGAGCAGGUCAGUCUAGGUAUGGUUUGA